ACCAACUAAAGCCAAACUACGGCUUGAACUGGCCUUCAGCUGGUUCAAGCUGGUUGAACUGCUUGUAAAAUGUGGAAUUAAUACUUCCUCCAACUUCCUGCUUGACUCUUGGAUCUACUCUACGUUAUUUCAUACCAUGAAUAAGGUCCCUACUCGAGUCGAUGGCAGAUUUAGGCUGGGAAAUGUUCUGGGGUCUGGCUCAUACGCUGUUGUGUACCAUGCACAAAACUUCAUCAAGGAUGAUUCAGUUGCUGUCAAACUCGAACCUAUCAUCAACCGCUCGUCCUCUGUGUGCAAUGAAUACAAGAUUCUGAAACAACUCGCAGGCGGGGUUGGGAUCCCCCGCGUCUUUUGGUUUGGCAGAGAAUCAACAUACCAUGCUUUGGUUCUUGAUCUCCUCGGGCCGUCGUUGCAUGAUAUCUUCAUUGCGCAUGAUCGAAGAUUCAGCCUUCCUAACAUUGUGAAUCUAGGAAACCAGUUGCUCUCAUGUCUCGAAUACAUCCACUCACACAAUUUCAUUCACGGUGACAUCAAACCCCAGAAUAUCUUAGUUGGUCUCGACGAUUUGAAGCACACCGCCUUCAUAAUUGACUUUGGUAUUUCGAAGGAGUACUACAAUACUUCAACCAGAGCCCAUAUACCAUUUCGCCAAGGUCGUUGUCUCACCGGCACACCUGCAUUCGCCUCAAUCAACAGUCACUUAGGAGUUGAGCCAGGUCGUCGUGAUGAUCUCGAGUCCCUCACAUAUACGCUGAUAUAUUUCUUGCGUGGCUCCCUCCCAUGGUUAACCAGCGAUCACGAAAAGCUCUCCAAUUCUUCCAUGCUUGAGCGCAAAGUAAAUACUACUGUUGAAGUCUUAUGUCACGGAAUUCCCGUCGAGUUCGCAAGUCUUCUAAUUUACACACGCUCACUUGCAUUCUCGGAGGAUCCUGACUAUGACUAUCUACAUUCAUUACUCCACGCCAAUCGACUUCAUGGAUGA